GUCAUGGCGGCUGACAGUUUGUAAUGAGCCAACAAAAACAGACAAGAUUCUUCCAAGUUGGAUCUACAACGUUUAAACCAGGACCAGGGAUAAAAACUCAGACGGCAAAAUGCAGAUAACUUUGAAAACCUUACAACAGCAGACCUUCAAAAUCGACAUCGAUGAAGAGGAGACGGUGAUGACAUUAAAGGAGAGGAUUGAACAGGAGAAAGGGAAGGACCAUUUUUCAGUGGGUGGGCUGAAGCUGAUAUAUGCUGGUAAAGUCCUCAGCGAUGACACAGCGCUCAAAGAAUACAAAAUUAAUGAGAAGAACUUUGUGGUCGUCAUGGUGACAAAGCCUAAAACAGCCUCAGCCGCCCCACAGCCCUCACCUGCCACUUCAGCUCCCGCAGCACCUCCCGCCUCAUCGUCUAGCUCUGAGAACACAUCAGAGCGCGCCUCCACAGAUGAGAAACCAGAGGAAAGAAGGUCUUCGACCGCUGAACCGGCUCCCACCCCUGUCGGAAGCUCCGAGGCUUCAACAAACACAAACCUGAUCGAUGAGGCAGUUUCGAAUCUAGUGACAGGCGCAUCAUAUGACGCCAUGGUGAACGAGAUGAUGCUCAUGGGCUACGAGAGAGAGCAGGUGGUAGCGGCUCUCAGAGCGAGCUUCAACAACCCAGACAGAGCCGUGGAGUACCUGCUUACAGGUAUUCCCGGCAGAGAUCCGGGCCACGCACCAGGACCUGAUGCGGUGGUGCCCCCAGCGAGUGUUUCUGCUGCGCCCAUAGGCGGUAUUAGCCUCCCCACCAACACUGGCUCUUCACCAACUGCUGGGGGAGGCAAUCCCCUGAGUUUCCUAAGAAACCAGCCCCAGUUCCAUGUGAUGAGACAGCUGAUCCAGCAGAACGCCGCCCUCCUUCCCGCCCUGCUGCAGGAGAUCGGCAGGGAGAACCCCGAGCUGCUGCAGGAGAUCAGCAGCCACCAAGAGCAGUUCAUCCAGAUGCUGAAUGAACCUAAUCCAGAGGCGGGGCCGGCGGGUGAUACACCCGGCGGGAGUCACAUGAGCUACAUCCAGGUUACGCCACUGGAGAAGGAGGCCAUUGAGAGGCUAAAAGCUUUAGGAUUUCCAGAGGGACUCGUUAUACAAGCCUACUUUGCUUGUGAGAAGAACGAGAAUCUGGCCGCCAACUUCCUUUUACAACAGAACUUUGAGGAUGAUUAAAUCAUCAGUUUGACUUAUUUCUUAUUUCUUCCUCUACUUUUUGAUUGCUACAUAUGUGUGUACAACAAGCCUUUUACAUUUCCAAAAACAAAGUUUUAUUCACCACUUCCACAUUCACCUUUUGUUAAUAACACUGGAUCGUUAUCAGCUGGUGUACAAGGACAGGUUUUUGUUUAUCAGUUCGAAAUGGAGGAACAAUUAAAGUACAGUAACUUUGCAUCAGAAAUCACCUGUGUGCUAUUGAUCUUUUUUUUUUUUUUUUUUUUAAAUACUUUAGUUAAUCAAUAUUGUUUGCAGUAUGUGUCACAUUAAAGGUGAGGUUCAGGGUCGGUAUUCACGCACUCUUAUUCUUCUGUUUUUGAAGUUGACCAGUAAAAGAUUUGAAAAAUUAAAGUUGGGCACAACAAACAUGUAUGGCACUAGUUAUUUUUCUAUUUAACAUCCAUAUCUGCAUGUUAAUCAACAGGGAAUGUGGGCAGGAGCUGUUGUAAUGUUAUCUGAACUGCAAGGCAUCAUAUGUGAAGGCAUUGUAACAUGUAUAUAGUUUACAUACAUGUGUUAGGGUUUAGUGACAAUGUCAUUUUUACAGAAAAAUAAAAGUUUUCAAAAUAAA